CCCCAAUCUCAAAUAUGCAGCCCUACGGACCAAAGCGGACAUUCAUAGGUUAGGGAUGAAUAGGGGGGCAUCUUAGCCCUCACCUCUAGUCACUGCGAGUUAGGAGUACUUCUGUGGGUUUAUAUGCUGCCAGUACCUACCUCGAAGGCCCAGCACCCUUGGUCGUUAUUUAACAUUACAAUUACAUUACACAUCAUCCCCGCCAUUCCUCACAGAAACCAAAUAUUUUUUCUCUGAUAUAUCUGUCGUUGCUGGCCGAUCACCACCAGCGACUGUGCUUCAAACCGGACUAGUAUCUAUACCCUGGAACUCGUAUCUCAAUCAUCUUUUAUUCAUAUUCCUCACCCAUCUAGUACAUUACGUUGUUUUGUGUUCACCGUGUGCCCGGUUCCGUGAGAUAACAACGCAACCCCCUUGCCCCCCCCCGGCUGUCUACGACUGGUUGGCAAAUACAGGCAUGUAUCAUGGUUGGCGUUCCCGGCAAAUUCAAAGGUUGCAACACCUGCCGCACUCGUCGAGUAAAGUGUGAUAAUGCUCGGCCGAAAUGCCAGAAAUGCGUCGCAUCUGUCAGGGAGUGUGGAGGGUAUGAGAGACAGAUGAUAUUCAUCGUUGGCACGACCAACGAGCGCGGUCGGUGCAGCAGUCACCCGCACCGCUCCAUCCUGACAGCGAAGCAGAAGAUGGAGAAAGAGAAGGAAAAGGAAAGGGAAAAGGAAAGGGAAAAGGAAAGGGAAAAGGAAAGGGAAAAGGAAAGGGAGUUAUCGAGGCCGCAGGUUGAUUGGCAUAGCCAUAGCGAGGGAGACCGUUCUUCAACGCUUCCUCCGACUCCGACGCCGACCAAUCCCACUCCCACCCCUGAGAUCUCCUGUGCCUUCUUACACUCGCCGUCUCUAUCUCUGAAUCCGUCUUUCGAAGAAGAAGGAGAAGCGUUUUCCUUGCCAGGCCUGACACAUUCUCUCCCUGAGCUUAGCGACCCGGAUUCGACUCGCGAAUUCUCUCUGCACGCUUACUCCUUCAUGCUGGAGCCGGAGGCAACGCAUCGAUCGCGCCCAGCCGACGGAGAUGUUAAUCCACGAGCGAUAAAGAAGGCCCAUUUAGAGGUUGAUACAUACUCGACGUCGAGAAAUGGCCAGGCAGAGCCUGCAACGACUCUUCUCUUUGUCUAUAAUUCAACGGGAGCACCUGCUGGAGAGGCCGGCCCUUUCCACUGCCUACAUGGCGGCACAUCUUCCGAGAUCAAAUCCCGCGACCCCUCAUCAUUUCAAAAGUUCCCAGCCCAUCAAUUCUUCGCAAACCUCUACAGACCCUUCGCCUGCUUCGACGCCAUGUCCCGCCGCCAAGCCACCUUCCUCGCCCGCCCCGAAUGGUGCGCCGCCCCCUGGGAAGACAUCCCCAAAACCCCCAUGGACCGCCUCCUCGACAUCCAAGUCCUGCUCCCCGGCAUCUUCGAGCGCGCUAAACGCACCGAGGCGUUCCCACCCUCCGCCUACCGGCGGCUAAAAGCCAAAGACCUGCUUGACAACUGUACAUGCCUCGAUAAGAGUUUCGAGGAGUGGUACAGCGAUCUUAAAGCCCAGUCCGAUGGCGGGCCGCUCUACUGGACCGUCGACGCGGGACAUACAUUUAACCCGAAAGCUCGCGGCAAGCUGAACGCCCUCUUCCCCACGACCCUCGAGUUCGUCGACGUAGACACCGCGCUCCUGCACCUGAAUUACUGGGCCGCGCUCUGCCUCUUCUACCAAACCAUCCAGCAAGUCCAGCAGAACUGCAUGGAAGUCGCUCCCUCCCCGCCCGCACGCGCAUCCUACACCCCUCCCGUGCCAGCACACUCUACCUACUCCCCGCCCAGCACUCGCGCAUUCGCCGACUCGGGGGGGUACAUGGGUUCGCGCCCGUCAUACUCUACGCCCUCUCCGCACGCAUCUGUUUCGCCGGCUGCGGAUAUGUAUAACCCUGCUCCCUACGAACAAAGUACCUACGCCGCACAACCUAGCUACCCCACUUACCAACGGAGCGGCGCGUAUCCGGCAGUGCAGACAUUCACAACGACCUCGUCGCUCUCGUCGACGUACCCCGCUCCCGCUCACCCGAAUCUGGCGUAUAUACACCCGACGCCCACGCCGCUUUACCCGACUAAUCCGUAUGACCUCUCCGAGCCGUUUCUUUUUACCACCACACCCCCAGAUGCGUACGGCAAUCUCACCUCCCUCAACCCCUCAGCUCCAUUCCCGUUCUACCUCCCGCACUGCCUAUCCUCCCCGCAACCCCGACACCAACAACAAACACAACGCGCGCCCUCCCCCACUCCGCCGCCGCUGGACCAGAAAUUCUCAGCCCAAGCUACGGGCGAACUGGCAAGGAAGAUCGGGAUGGGGAUUCUGUAUGUGUUAAGGAGAGGUGCUGGGGGGGAGGGGGUGGUCUGGCCGCUGAGGUGUGUGGGGGAGGUAUUUGGGGGGGAGGGGUGGGUGGAGGGUGUUAGAUGGUGUGGGGAAGUUGGGAGGGUUGUUAGGGGGGUGGGGGUGAGGAUGGGGGUGGAGAGGGAGGUGGGGGAUGGGGGGAGGUGGAGGGUUGUUGGGGGGGAGGAUGGGGAGGGGGAGUAG